CGACUCAUCGAGGAGAACGGAAUUAGUCAUUCUUCAUCCAUGAAACCAGGAAAACGGGCGUGUAUUUAUCAUUAUCUCGAAAAAAAGGGGUGAAGAUGAGUUUCUAGUCGUUAAACGACUUGCACACGCAAGUGUGCCGACAAUUUAUAUAAUCAUGGGUGCCAAAAUGGCGUUCAAUACGAGCGACGUCGUUACGACGAAACAAAUUUAUUUCAACAAUUUGAGCAUAUUAUCUGAUCGGGCCAACACAAAGCAUGUCGUCCGAUCAAGAGAAGGCAAGCUGGAUAUGGAAGGAGGAGCCCGCCUCACCUUCUGAAACAUCAUCCCUCGACAUUGACGAUGAUUGGCUUAGCUUUGAAAGCAAGGAAAAUAUCGACAGCAAUGGGGACCAGGUCAUGUACGAGGAGCAAACAUCACGGGCGCAGGUGGCUACUAAACUUUUAGAAGAACUCGAUGAGUGGAUUAAGGAAGAAAAAAGAGAGUGGAACAAACUGGUUAGCCUCUAUAUAGAAAUAUGGCGGGGAGAGAGCCAAGGAGCGGGAGGAACAGGCAGUAAAGAAACAAGGGGGGAAAGUCCAAAGAUAAAACCGUACUCGGACUGGCUUGAGCAGAAAAUAGAUCUACCGAUAUUUGAGGAAUUGUCACCAUCGGAAUAUGGGAUCAACCAACCGAGCUUAUCAUUGGGCCAAACAAAGGUACAUCAGCCAAACCAGGAAUCAACACGCACUCUGCAGCAGGAGUUUGAGAGUUUGCAGGAGUUAGUCUUGGGGGAUGUCGAGGCGUGUCGACAGGCGACGACUGUCGCCGCUUUAACACCACCGCAGUCUCCUCCGGCCAAAUUUUAUGACACCUCCAACGCUCAGAUACUCAUCACUUUGCAGCCGGCCCUUCAUGCCUUGACGAUACCUUUAGCUAAGCCCCGUGUACGACCCUCUCCAUGUGAACCAAUCUCCACAUCGGCCGACACUGAGCCAGCUCUGCAAUGGAGUGCUGAGAAUAUUUCCCUAGAACCACUGGGAGAUGUUGACAGCGAAUUGGCACUGGUAGACGAGUUCGUCCGCUCUUGUGCCAACGAUAUAUCACCGUCGAGUCCCCCUUGCACCAGCUCAGAAACCAGCUGCGGGUCAUCUGAGGAUUCCAACGACGAUCCAGAAUGGACCCCGGUCGCGUCAUCGACCGCAUCUGUUUCAACCCCUUCUACCUCCCAGAAAAGUCGUCAUCGCAAACCGUAUUCCCGUCCCUCUAACGACGACAGGAAAGUUCGCAAGAAGGAACAAAAUAAGAACGCAGCUACAAGAUAUAGGCAGAAAAAGAAGCAAGAAAUCAAAGAAAUUGUCGGGGAGGAACAGGAGCUGAUGAACUACAACGAAAAACUUCAGGGGCAAGUCAGUGAUCUGCAACGGGAGGUUCGAUACCUGAAGGGCCUGAUGAGGGACCUUUUCAAGGCCAAGGGUCUUCUCAAAUAACUUCCUUAUUCCAUCUCUUCUAUUUCCACUUAUUACUGUAUUAAUUACACAUAACGUAGUACACAGUAGUUGUUGUUGGUACUUACUUAACCAUAUACCUAUAUUGAUUAUUAUACAUAACCAUGAACUAUCCAUAUUAUCGAUGCACGAUGCAGCUGCAUCGCGCGUUAUUUCUAAACUAACAUUUACUGGUUUAUUAUAGACGGAUAUAAUAUCGUUAUCGUUAUCGUAGUAUUGAGGUAUAUAUUUAGAGAUUUGAAAUACGCAUAGCCACUUGCUACAAUUCAUCCUUAAACUGGCCGGAAACUACCAACAUGUCCACGUGCUGGCUACUUUCAAAGAAAGCCGAUCAGAUUUUUAUUGAAUUUUCGAAAAACGCUCCGCGUCUUUUUGAACGGCUCACCUAUCUAUCGUGAGUAAACUCGUCGAUCCGAAUCUCUAUUUAUCACACGUUGCUCUCAGACCAGCUUUUAAUUAUGCAUCAAUUAUCUUAUUUUCAUAAACUUAGACACAACAGGCAUAUCUGUAUCCUGGAGGAAUAAAAAAAAAACAUUAUUAGUAA